ACAGGAUGAUAGUGGCUUCUUCUCUGGUGAGGGCCUGAGGAUAGUGACUCUUCUCUCACCAUGAGUGCCACCCCAGAGAUCAAGAGUCAUGGGAUGAAGUUUGCUGAGGAACAGCUGCUAAAGCAUGGACGGACACAAGGCAAAGGCUUAGGCCGGAACGAGAACGGCAUCACCCAAGCCCUAAGGGUGACACUGAAGCAGGACACUCACGGGGUGGGACAUGACCCUGCCAAGGAGUUCACGGACCACUGGUGGGAUGAGCUUUUCAACAGGACUGCGGCCAGCCUGGUUGUGGAGGCUGGGCAGGAUGGAGUACGGAUAAAGCGUCUUUCGAAGGAGACAGGCCGUCGUAAUCAUCCCAAGCCCAACUUGCUGUAUCAGAAGUUUGUGAAGUUGUGGUCACAAGCAGGGAGAAGUGGCUUGCAGACAGGACCAGAAUCCGGUGCUUCAGACUCCUAA